UAGCAUUAUAGUUGUACUUUUUUAGUUAAGUAUAUUGUAUUGUAUCUCACUUUGUAUAUGAGGUACUCUAUAUUUGUGGUAAAUACCGCCAAUUCUACUAAACCCGUUUGUAAUUGAGAAUUUACAAAUAUUUCUAAUUUCAUAUGUGUUAUAGAGGUUAAUAUUUCAAUUUUUCUAUGAUAUUAACCAUUUUCGUGUGUAAUUUGAUUCGUUUAAUUGUAUCCACUGUUAUUUUAACGAGUUGAUUGGCGUCUUUUCAUCCACUUUAACGAGCUUGGUACGUGCAUGGUAAUGUCAAACUUGCUGAUACAAAAUGACAAUAACAAGAAGUUAAAAACUUUUCCUUUCAUUAGUAGUGAUUAUUCUAAUAAAAAACAAUCCAGACAUGUCUUAAAAGCAAAGGAAAACUUUCUAAAACAUAAAUGUAAUAAAGCCCUUAAGAAAAAAUUGAAAAAGUAUAAGCUAAGACAUGAUGGAAAGGAAGAUCCAGAAGUAUUAGAUGUGUCUAACACAUUGAUUAGGGUGCUUAAGAUAAAGUCACCAACUAACUCAAAUAUACAUAAUUGUUUAGAAGAUAUAACUGAAUUUCAAGAUACCAAACCCAAAAAUUAUCUUUUUAAAAUGGGCAAAAGAAAACAAACAGUCAAGUCAGUAGAAACAUUGACUAAUAUUGAUGCCACAUUGAUAAAUGUACAUGAGAGGAAUAUGAUUUGUGUACCUAUAUCUGAUAGAAAAGAGACAAUACAAAAAAAUGCAUUUCAGCUAUUAAUGGAUUCCAGAAAUAAAAGCAUUGGGUCCAAUUCCCCUGGCAAAGAGAGAACUUUGGAUGAAGUUGAAGAACUGCAGGAAAAUUUUGAUAAAAAAAGUAUUAAAGCCAAAAGAAAACUUAUGCUUCAAAAAAUGGCAGAAUCUAGGGGCUCUCUGGAAAAAAAAGAUUUAGAAGAUUAUCAAGAGCAUAUCAUUAAGAAAAAGUUAGAAAAGAGGGCACAAAGGUUCAAAAAUAUGAUUAUAAAUAAUGGGAGGAAUUCUUCAAAAAAAUGUAAAAAUAACCAGGAUUUUAAGUGUACUAUAGACAAUGAAAUAUCGCCCUGUUCUAGUAAUAAAAUUCAUACAGACAUAAAUGACAUCUCAAAUUCUGAAAAUUCUUUGACAUUAAUAAAUAUCUUUAAAGAUUCAGUUAGUAAUAUUAAUGCUAAUCUUAAAUAUCCUACUAAAGAAGAUGAUGAUUUUAUGUCAAAAUUAUCCCCUUCAUUAAAAAAGAAAGAAAGCAUGCUUUGCUAUUUUAAUAAACUCGAAAAAGAUACUCCUGUUGAUAUUGAAAAUACUAUGGAAGAUGCUGACAUUGAAAGUGUUGACAAUGUUGCUAACAUUAACAUUAUAAAAGUGAAAUUAAACAGUAAAUCGAAGAAAAAAGCAAAAAAAGGGAAACUGAGUCUUAAAAAAGCCAAUAUAGGAAUUGAAAAUAAGAAUGAAUCAAAGAAAUCGAGUGACUGUAAUGAUAUUAAAUCUAAUGUAAAUAAACCUCUUAUAAUGGAUAACAAUAAAGAAGUAAGAAAACGGAAAAGAAAGGAAAUCAUUAAUAACAACUCUGGAAUUGAAGAAUUGGAUGAUUCCAUAAAAUAUAGUAAAGACCAAAGACCUAAAAGAGCUACUAAAAAGCCAGUUAAAUAUACUGAAAAUGUAGAAUUCUUUAGUUCUGAUGAAGAAUUACAUAUAAUCACACCAAAAAAGAAGAAAAAUGUUGAUAGCAAAGAGAAAUCAAAGGAAUUGACUAAAAGUCGGCUAGAAUAUAAAGAAGAAUUAUGUAAAGAGGUAUGUAGUGUUACUUUAAAAGUAGCAUUAAAUAAAGAAAAGAAAAGAUUAAAUGGAAAUGACAAUCAGAAGAAAGAAGUCAAAAGAAAUCAAACGAAAUCAGAAACCAAAUUAGCUCCCAUUUUUAAAUCUAAAUUGCACAAUGAUCCUGCGUUUAUUGAAGCGAAAAAUAAAUUUCUUCAUAGUGGAGUUCCAGAUAAGCUAAAAAACAAAAUGAAGCAGCAAAGAAAUUUAAAUACAGAAAAUUUAGCAUUUCCUACUGUUGUUCACGUUCAACAGAUCACUAUACCUUUCGCUUCAACUUCGAUACCAUUUACUGAAAAUUCAAUUGAAUAUGAUUAUUCCGAUGAUUUGUUUUUAAAUUCUGAAGAUAAACUAUUCAAAAAUUUAGUGAAUAUUGAUAAAGAUGUCAAAAGUAGUAUUAUGUUGUCUAUUUCGAAAAGUGAUAAAUACACAAAUUUACAAAAUAUUAAACGAAAAUUUCCAAAAUUUCCUGUUUAUCGGACAUACCGUAUGUUGAAAGAUAAAAGUAGAGGAUUACUGAAAGAUUGUGAGCAUACUGAACUAGAUAAUAGUAUAGAAGUCAUUAAUGGUAUAAUAGAAAUCAGCAAUGACAAUCUAGAUAAACUCAAUUGGACUAAUAAAUAUAGAGCAACGUCAGCUAAGCAAGUAGUUGGAAAUUCUGAGGCAGUUAAAGAAUUAAAGAAGUGGAUAGUGACUUGGACAGAAAGUCAAAUAAAAUCGAAGAAAAUUUUAGUAAAUUCAGAUUCUUCAGAUUUCUAUCAAUCCGACACAGACAGUAAAGACAGUUUGAAAGCUUCAAAUCAACUUUUAAUAAUAACAGGUCCUGUGGGUAGUGGUAAAACAACAAGUGUUUAUGCAGUUGCUGCAGAAUUGGCUAUAAAAGUGAUUGAAGUUAAUACAAGUAGUAAAAGAACUGGUAAAAUAAUGUUACAAGAUUUGCAAGAAGCUACUCAAUCUCAUAAAGUUAAUAGAGGAAAAUGCAAUUUAGAAAAUUCACAAAAAAUGCAGGAUGUGCUUUCUUGUGAAAAAAAUAAUAAAAAAAAAGGCAAGAAGAAGCAGAUUUUGCAGAGUACAACAAAAGAUUCGGAAUCCGAUCCAAGAACUGACUCAUUAAGUCAAUCUGAGUCUCAUGUUGGUAGUCAAGAAAUUACAAGGACAGGAAGUUCACUCAUUCUUAUAGAUGAUGCAGAUAUAGUAUUCGAGCAAGAUGAUGGAUUCUGUUCUGCUAUUAUGCAAUUAAUUCAAAGUUCCAAGCGUCCUGUAAUUUUAAUAGCAUCUUCAACUUCAUGUCCACACCUCCAAAGAUUUUUUCAAUUUGCAAAAAAUAUAAAUAUGCGUCCAUUGUUACCUAGGACCCUAGGAACAUGGUUGGAUAUUCUCUGUUUAGCUGAUAAUGGUAUUUGUUGGCCUGGAACUGGAGCAAAUUUUUUAGAUUUCUUCAAAGGUGAUAUUAGGAAAGCUCUUAAUUCUUUACAAUUUUAUGUAACUUCGCAAAUACAGGAAAUGAAAACUGAUAAAGAGUCUGAUUCCCAAAACAGUGAUAUCAUUGUAAAUAUUGACGAUGAAAAUUCUAGUAUGUCAUGGGCAGAGUCUGAAGUACAGGAAGAAAAAUAUAUAAAUCAUCUCUAUUUGGAUAAUAAUGUUUGGAAGUCUUUUAUGAGAGAACAAUCAAGUUUAUUAAAUUUCCGAUAUCCCAUGCAGUCAUUUAAUAUGUGGUGGAGUUUAUCAUCUUUACUUAAAUUACAUCCUAAAUCUGAAUCUAAUCUGAAUAAUAAUACCCAUCUUAAAGAAAUACCUUCGGAAUAUAUAAAAAAUGACAUUGCAAAUGUAGAUAUUAUUGCCAAGACGAUUGAUGCACUAUCAAUUGCAGAUUAUUGCAAUCAUUUUGUAUUUAAUACAACAGCCAACAUUUUAUCCCAACCAUGGUACUCUGCUGAAAUUGAUAAUGUAUCAGAACAUGAAAAUUUUCGGACUUUUAAUAGGAAUUACGAAUUUGUUGAUGAGAUUUCACACGAACUGAUAACUAGAUUUAUUACAGCAACUCAGGAAAGAAAUGGACUUGAAGUAAAUUUUAAUAUUACCACUCCAGAUAUGACGUAUCAAAGAGAAAGAAACAAGAUAAUCUCACAACACAAUAUGAUAGCUGGUUGUUUGAAUCCAUCAGCAGUAUUGGAUCGAAAAGCACUUGCCCUUGACUAUUGGCCCGCGUGUCGCUCUGUCUGUAGAAUUGAGAAGGCUAAAACUGAUCAUAAUUUGAAAAGAAACAAUCGCUUCUGCCAUUAUCUUAAAUCCCUAAAUAUUUUGUGUAAAAGCGAUAGUUAUGACAAUUUAGGCAAUAGUUUAAGUACCAAAACAAGUAAUUGUUAAAAAAUACAGAAAAGCAAUUGAGAUUGUUAUUUUAAAUUAUGAUACAUUCAGUAUUUUGUAUCCUAUUAAACUAUAUCCACUAGUACCAUCUCGUCGCCGAACUUGCACGGAGCAACUAUCAUAUUAUAUAUUUUUAUUCUGCAGUGUCGCGGACCCCUUUUUCUACUACUUACGAAUUCUAUAACUACGCGUACCUUUGCUAUUUCUUUGUAACCAUGCCAACACACUACCUAUAACAAGUAAGCAACACAGUAAAUAACUAUAUCAGACCAACCUUUGCGGCAUUAGCUGGUAGUUGCUUAAUAAUUUCAUUUAUAAUAUGGUACGUUGGUGUUGGUAUGUUAUAAACUUAGACUAUGGUUCCAAGUCGUACUAUGUUCUAAACGGACUUAAGUUAUAUAAAAAAACCUAUAGUAUAUUUUAAGAUUUUCCUAUUGGUAAUAUUUUAUUAUACUGAAUUGAUAGACUGGCACAAUUUCUGUUUAAUUUAUUUAAUUCUAACAGAAAUUCUUAUAUAUAUUUAUUAAAACUAUUUAUAGAUGGUUGUAAUUAUGUCACUGGAGAACGAUACAGAAUACAAUAUUUUUUGACAUUUAAGUAGCUAACCUAAAAAUGUAAGUUACGACUUAUAGGACUUGAACAAACAAAAAUAAUUUAGUGAUUCUUUCGAUGGUCAGUUUCAUAAUCCAGAUCAAUAUUAAUCUUAUCAGCAUACAAUUUGGCACACUUUAUAUACUUUAUUUAUCAUCUAAACUUUAAUUAUUUAUUAAUUUUAAUCGAAUUAUUGUAAAUAAGUGGUUAAGCCGUAGUUUAUAGAAAAAAUAUUAUGUAUUGGUUCGAAAUAAAUUUAUUACACUGUUG